AUGAUCUUCGACCGCUGUUGCUCCUGGUUACUGGUGGUGUCGCUGACGUUCGUUCGGGCCCUAAACGAGCACAGCAUCGUGGAGAAGAGUGUCAUCCAAGCGCAGCAGGAAUGCGUGGAGUACCUGAACCUGCCGCGCCACCGGCUGUACGAGUAUCUGGGGCGGAACUAUGCGAACGACGCCAAAACUGAGUGCAUGAUCCGGUGCGUCGGACUUAACCUGGGCUGGUGGAGCGCCAGUGGCGUACUGCACGAGCACGUCAUCGCCCAGUACUUCUUCUCGGACGAUGGAGACGAGCACUUCGCAACUCGGACGAAGGCCUGCAUGAAGCACACGGUGACCACCAACAGUUCCUUGUGCGGCAAGGCGUUCGAAGUGUUCCAGUGCUAUCUGCAGCAGUACGGCGAGUUGCUCAACUGUCCCAAGGUGGUGCCACUGGGCGACGAACGGUUGGCCGAGAGUGUCCACUUCUGUCUCGACACGCUGGAGAUUCCACUCGUCGAGUUCGGUCUGUCUUGCGGCAUGGAAGGUUUCAAGAGCUCGGAACGGUCCCGGUGUCUGCUGCGUUGCAUCGUGAUUCGCUCCGGACUCUAUACGGAUCAAUACGGGGUCCACUCGGAACGCUACCAGCUCCAGUUUGCGCGAGAGUUCAACGGGAAGUGGGAUGACCUGGAGCGGGAUGUUUGCGCCACUCGUCUGCGGCGCGAAGGACACGACGAGUGUACGCUGGCGUCGCUCGUAAGUGUCUCAGUGCCGGUACGGUUCAUGGGCACCGUUUUUGCCGUGUACGGAGACGAUGAGGAUGCCGGUGACGAGCAGCAACAGCAGCAGCAGCCACCGGGUACAACGGAAGAAAACGGAGCACCAGCGUCCCAGGAUGCAACAGUCAGCCAUAGCGACAGCAGCACCACCACCAGCAGCAGCAACAGCAGCACACUGAUGAACAACAAUAGUCGGAGCAGCAGCAGAAGUAGCGCCAGCGGGUGUCUCGGGAUGAACGGAACGGACGCGGGGGCCCCGGAAGAGGGCCCGAUACGACCCACGGCGACGCCUUCCCCGAUGGCGGCGGAUGCCUCCGAGGACGCCAAACGUUCCGUCGGACACGGAACCACCACGGCCACCGUCGGAAGCGCCGGUGGAUCCGGUGGUGCGCUGUGA